GCAGCGGAGCGCGGAGGGGCAGCGGAGCGCUCCGUGUGUGCCCCAGCUGCCGCCGCUCCUCCCGCGGCAGCCGAGCGGGUGGUGCCGGUGUGAGCUCCGCACGGGAGGGCUUUUCCCUCCAUUUCUGACAAGUGCAAGGCGACGCCGUCCUCUGGCAGAGUGCUGAGCUUAGUAGAGAUCGCUAAAGUGCAGCUGGGGUUGCCCAGGCUGAUAUGUGGACCUCAACUCAAUGGUUUUUGUUUGGUUUCUUUUUUCCCUUUUUUUUCCUCUCCUUCUUGCCCCCUUAGCACUCCAUCAAUCUCGUUAAUACGUCUUCAAGAUUCAGAGCUCAAGUAGAUAAAUGUUGCUGAUUCGGAGCUCUGGUGGACAGUUAGUGUCACUACAGUAGCGAUUUACUCAUUAAAGAAAAAGUGACUGUGCUCACUUACCAAGCGCAUCUUAGCCACUGGAUUCAAUGGUGCUUUUUCUGCUGGGUGAAGAGCUAAGUAUUACAAGUGUAUUUCAUAAGUAGGUAGCUGUAAAUUGUAGUCCUUACUGUUGAAGCCUCUUUCUUGAGUGGAAUGUUGAGCUCUAAAAUGCCUCUCUACAAACAGCAGACUGUCCUACCGGCUACAGCACUGAAGCAUUGGUGACAGUGAUGCAGCUGUUAGAAUUGAGUUAGUAACAGUUGUUAUGUAUGAGACACAUGACACCUGGAUAUGCACCUAAGCAUGCAUAGUACAGUUAGUCUUCAUUCACAAAAAACUUGGUUGUGUCAGUGCUUCACAAAACAUACUAUGGAAACCUAUUGAGUGGUGUUAAUGACACUAGUGUGUUGGAAUUUGUUUCAUUGCUCUGUCUUGAGCUGGGUGCUUUGCUAGUUUUAGAUUAUUAGGCUAGGAUGUAAUUUUUGAUCUAUCCUAGAAAUUAAUGAAUUGAAAAACAGUAUUUCACCUGUUACCCUGUUACUUGUUUCACCUGCUUAAGAAAUGAAUUAUUUCUUAAAUACUACACCAGAGAAUGCCUGUUUUUUAUUGGAAGACAAAAUCCAACAGUGAAACAGGCUUGAAUCUUGGAUCUUCCUCUUAAGCCGAAAAAAUGUGUUGCUUUCUUUGGUGGAAUUUCCUGCUCAUAGUUUCCAGAGUUAAUUAGUAAAGGGAGCUAAAGACAUCAAUGAAAAUAAUCCUUAGCAGUAAGUGAGAGCUGUGUAGAUGUGGAAUUGUUGUUAUUAGUCAACAUAAAGUUUUUGGAAUAGCUGUAAGGUCUUGACACACAACUUGGGAGUAAACUAUUAUGUCUGUUAUGGUAUUUAUUUGAAUAUCAAAAAAAUAGUGUUUGUUAUAAAGUGCCCUGUUUGAUUUUGUUUGGUUUGGAGUUGUUUGUGUUUUUUUUUUCUUUUUGUUUUUAAAGAUUUGUCACUUCUGAUAUGCUUUUACAGGAAGCUUAGGGGAGGAUUUUGCUGAAAUCUUGGUGUGGUUCUUAUGUCAUACCUUCAUGGUUUAAAAUUUGACCAAAUUUAGCUUAACCCUCUUUUGUUUCCUCUUUCUUUCUCGCCCACUCCUAUCACUUUCACUCUGGGUUAGCUCUUGUUCACUGUGUACCCAUACAAAUGCUGCUGCCUGCGGAAGAGAAGCUCUGGUACAGGAGCAGUGAUGUCUUUGGGUGUCAAUGCAGGAUUAAAAAAUAUGACGACUCAGUCAGAUUUAGAUCUAAAAGAGACAGCUUUGAAAGAGGAUUUGAAGUUUUACUUCAUGAACCCAUGUGAAAAAUACAGAGCAAGACGUCAGAUACCAUGGAAACUGGCUUUGCAGAUUUUGAAGAUACUUAUGGUUACUACACAGCUUGUUUUUUUUGGCUUGAGUAACCAGCUGGUGGUCUCAUUCAAAGAGGAAAACACAAUUGCUUUUAAACACCUCUUCCUGAAAGGCUAUUCUGGAACUGAUGAAGAUGACUACAGCUGCAGUAUAUAUACACAACAGGAUGCAUAUGAUAGCAUUUUUUAUGUUAUUAAUCAGUACAGGCAUUUAAAGAACAUAUCCCUGGGGACACUUGGUUAUGAACAUGAAGAAUCAGGUUUAAAAAUCUGUAAACAGCAGUACAAGAGAGGCACAAUGCUUCCUUCCAAUGAUACACUGAACAUAGAUGUUUCUACUGAAACAGAAUGUAUCCUUUUAAAGCCAAAGGAACUAACUGGUAAAAAGGCAGAACUGAAGCUGAACUCUUCUUUUUUCAAUCUUGAAUUUUACAGGCUUAUACAGCUUGAAAUCUCCUUCAAGCUGAAAGGCAUUGCUCUACAGACAAUCCAUGCCCGAGAAUUGCCUGACUGCUAUGCAUUUCAAAAUACUAUAACUUUCAAUAAUAGAGCCCACAGUGGAAAAAUCAAGAUCUAUUUUGAUAGUGACACUGACAUUCAGGAAUGCAAAGACUGGCACAUAUUUAACUCUGUUCUCCAGAAAAACACUCAGUAUAUUCUAGUCUUUGAUGGAUUUGUCAUAUUAAGUUGCUUGGCUUCUCUCAUCCUCUGCACACGCUCCAUCAUUCUUGCCUGGAGACUACAGAAGAGAUUUGUGACUUUCUUCUUGGAGAAAUACAAGCGCCGUGUUUGUUAUGCUGACCGCCUGGAGUUCCUAAAUGGGUGGUAUGUCCUGGUAAUUAUCAGUGAUGUGAUGACAAUCAUUGGGUCAAUCCUAAAAAUGGAAAUAAAAGCCAAGAACCUCACAAGUUAUGAUGUCUGCAGCAUUUUACUUGGAACAUCAACUUUGUUUGUCUGGGUUGGAGUCAUCAGAUACCUGGGAUAUUUUCAAACCUACAAUGUGCUCAUUUUAACUAUGCAGGCAUCGUUGCCAAAAGUGCUGAGGUUUUGUUGUUGUGCUGGGAUGAUCUAUCUUGGCUAUACUUUCUGUGGUUGGAUUGUCCUGGGACCUUAUCAUGAAAAGUUUGAAGAUCUGAACACGGUGGCUGAAUGUCUGUUUUCUUUGGUCAAUGGUGAUGAUAUGUUUGCAACAUUUGCUCAAAUCCAGCACAAGAGUUCGCUGGUGUGGAUGUUCAGCCGAUUAUACCUGUACUCCUUCAUUAGUCUGUUUAUAUACAUGAUCCUCAGCCUUUUUAUUGCACUCAUUACUGACUCCUAUGACACCAUAAAGAAAUACCAACAAAGUGGUUUUCCAGUAACAGAUUUACACGAAUUUCUAAAAGACCAUAGUAGCGCUGGCUACAGAAAAGACAGAACUUUUCCAUUCAUCUGCUGCUGCAGGAGACAAGAGAGUGAUGACAACUUGAUACUUAUUAAUUGAUGGCUGCACAUUGAAAUUCACCACUGAUAUAUGCAAAGGAAGCAUAGCAGUAUGGAGAAGGAUAAUUCUCCAAAUUGCAGUGGAACCCACCAUCUGGAUCUGCCUCAUGAACAGACUAGUCUUAGCUAAUUAAGCUUUUGGGGGAAGAAAACUAUUAAUGUGAUGUCAGCUGGCUGACCAACAGGAGAGCCCAGCAGCUGUGUCUGAAGGAGAGCUGUGAAGAACUCUGUAUUCUUGCCUCAAGUUUCAUCAUGUUAGAGAAGACUGAUCCUUGAGUGUUUUCUGUAGAAGCUCUGUUUGCUGAUAACCUUGUGGAGGAAGGAAAAUGGUGGUGAAUCAACUGUUGUUAAUAAGAAAAAAUUAUAUGAAAAUAACUUUUAAAAAUAUCCUGUGUUAAAAAGUAUUAAAUAAAAGGAAGUCAAGAAGGGAGGAGUUUUUCACUUAAAGUGAUGCAUGCAGCCUGUCAUUUCUGCUUGGCACAUUUUAUUUAUUUGAAUUAAAUUUAUCAUAAACUAAAAAGCUGCACAAACGUGGAAAAUAAUUGCUGUUCUCCCUCUUGUAUAUCAUUUUAACACAAAUCACUUAUAGGUCACAGUCUUUUCUUUAACAGCUUUACUAAAAAGCAAUUUGCUAUCCUUUUUUUUUGGCUGUCUUUUCUGUUAUACCCACAAUAUUGAUUUGUACUGUGUCCAGAUUGAACUUACUGCUUUAGCUGUAGUUAGAUACUUUUUUUGCAUGGUUGGAAACUUUCAUGGUAAGCAUUACCUGAAGACUGCUGAAAAGAUUUUUUUUUUUUUUUUUUUGGUGGUGCUAUAGUGUUGUACUGUCAUAAUCCAGAGGACAAAUUCAGGCAAAAACGGUGCCAUGGAGCUUUGCUUCUAUUUCAAGCACAUGUCAAUUGGAAGAAAAUAUGCAACAACUGAGUCUUGUAGCUGGUUUGUUCAGGUGACUUUCUAGCUGUCUUUGGGAUGGUCAACUAUAAAGAUUGUAUUUUCCCCUUGCCUCUUUAUAAGCUUUUUUCGAUGAGAACAGAGGACUUUGGGGAACUUAAAAGCACUUCCAGGAUAGUAGUGCAUAGAUGUUAAUCACGUACUUCUGGAAACUUUUAGGAGUGCUGACUGCUCCUGGGGUGAGUGUACUAUUAUAUUAGAUGCUCCACUUUUGUCUCUCCCCUGUUUGCUCUCUAAAACGCCACUCUUCAGCAGAUGAUGUCAGUGUGUUGGCUAGGACUUGGUCUUGCUGUGUGUUAACUACUAAUGGUGUUCUCUGUAAGUUCUAGCUUGUUAAUGUUUCAAAUGGCAAAGGCAAUUCAAAAUGCUGCCCUGGUAUGAGUGAGAUGAGUGGCAGCUUUUCCUUUUUUUUGCUGUUUUGUUCUAAUCUCCUGCCUGGUGUUUACCUUCAUAACAAUUAAACUUUUUUUGUUGUUAGUGAAAGCGAAUGCCAUUUUGCCUUGCUUAGGCUGCAGCUAAGUGUCUAGAACAGAAUUUUGGUGUCAGUAUUUCGAUGCAUCCAGGCUCUGCACAUUUUAAUGCUUCUAUUGCUGAAAUAUAUUUGGGACAGAGAAUAUUUUUCCCAUCCCAGUCUAAACAAUGUGUUGCUGUGGCCUAAUCUCACUACAGCGUGUGGCUGUAACUGAAAUUGCUACCAAUAACCAAGACUUGGUGCUCUUAGCAAAGAUUUUCUGUAAUUGUCUUUUCAUCAAGUGUGUGAUCUAGAACAGAGAAUUACUGUCUUCCACUGUCGGCUUUUCUCCUAGUGUUUAUCUGCAAGACUUGUUUGGGUCAAUGUUAGCCUUUUGGUGUAUUCUCUGGGGCCCUGGGUAAUCAAAAAAUCUUCUGCAGACCGCAGAAUUAUCAGCAUAAACUGAUUGCCAAGGUCCCCUUGUCUCUUACAGUGUGCUAUCUACUUGGUUAUGUACAAGAUGCUGGAGUUUUCUGAGUUUCCUGCUAUUUUACUAGUUGGCUUUCUGGAGUGCCUCUUUCUAAAUCAAACAGUUCCAUCAUGUCUGAAAA